AUGGUUGCCAUGGAAACGUUUGAUCCAAAUUGGGAGUGCUUGAGGGUAAACCUAAGGGAAAGAGAUAGCUAUAAAGCACAAGAGAUCGUUGAAGAACAACGUUGCCAUGACGACGAGUUUCGAUUAACGUGUCGUGAGUUGGACACGCAUAUUGCAAUCCUAGAAGCCUGGUACACAUCCCUUGAAAAUUACUAUCGAAACGAUACCCUCACUCACGCCAAUCUGAUCAAAACUCAAAAUGACUCGGAACUCGACAAAGUGUACAUCUAUUCUAGUCCUAAACAUAACGGAGUGUUCGAGUUGACAAAUCAUACAUUCGAGAACUACACAAAUGUGAAUAAUUCCUUCGAGUUUGAUUCGAGAAUUGAGAGUGUAAAUGAGACAAUAGAGAGUGUUGAUAUGUCGGUGGAUUUUGUAAAUGUGACGUGUAGUGCAGUGUCAUUUGCGAGAAGUUAUGCCAGCUGGCGAGAAGGGGACAAGCGCCGACGAAUGCGUUCCAGAGAUCUUUCUUACAACUUGCGAGCGCCACUAAGUUAUAGACUGAAUGAGCAUUACCCACUAAAACUAUCUCGGGUAAGUUCACAAGGCCGCGUUAGAGAGACUCCGGGGUCGGUCGAUAGAGCCCCGGUUCAUUGUCUAGCUGGAAUCUAG